ACCACCCACGUCUGUAUACCUGCAUACAUACUGCACAUUCCGACUGUGGUGAGCUGAAACGUCUGCUGACAUCUGAGGAGAUUGAACUACAAAGAUGGCGGUGGUACCUGUCAACUUCGUACUGCUGGUGAUAGUUUGUGCACAGUUUCUUCAGACCCAAGCCUGUCCCUCCCGCUGUACGUGUGAGCUAUCGGAGGUGUACUGCAGCCGCCGGCAGCUGUCCGACAUCCCGUCUGGAGUUCCGCCCAAGACUGAGCUGCUGGACCUGUCUCAGAACCAACUCAGGAGGAUACCGAGGAAAGGCUUCAAGGACCUGAAGUACCUGCGACAGCUCCGUCUGGACGACAACCACAUCGAGAAGCUGGAGGACGGCGCCUUUGAUGGUCUGGAGAACCUGCAGCGUCUCUGGCUGCUGGAUAACAGGAUCAGGUCUCUGUCAGCCGGGGUCUUCAUCGGCAUGCCACAGCUCUGGUCGCUGAAGCUGGACAGUAACGACAUCAAGGAUAUUUCUCCUGGCGUGUUCAAACCGCUGUCUAACCUGCGCUGGCUUCACCUGCACCAUAACCACAUUACUCACACGCCGGGAGACGAGCUCCAGUCCCUUGGCCAUCUCGAGGCGGUAACCCUACACGGUAACGACUGGAAGUGUGACUGUGAGCUGGCGGACCUGACCACCUUCCUGGGGGAGAACACGGGCAAGCUGAGGUUCGACAGCGGAGUCCCAACACCACCUGCUAUUUGUGCUAGACCACAGCACCUGAUGGGAGAACAGAUCCACACCCUGAGCAGGGACGACUUGUGCAUGCCCCGGGAGGAGACUCCGGGUCCGGCCGGAGACAAAACAUGUCCAGCCCCAUGUAGCUGCCGAGGAGCGGAAGUGGACUGUGAUCAGAAAGGUCUGACAUCAGUUCCGCCUGGAAUCCCCUCACCGACCACAGAACUGGUUCUGUCCAACAACAACAUCCGGGACAUUCCACCGGAUGCCUUGGUGCAUCUAAAAAAGCUGCAGACGCUGAUGCUGUCCAACAACCAGCUUCAGGCUGUUCCAAAGGACGCGCUGAAGAAGCUGCCUGAGCUGUCCGUGCUGUACCUGGAUGGGAACGACAUCAGCAAGAUAGCGGAAGGUACCUUUGACACCCUAACCACCCUACGUGUCCUCUCUCUCUCCAACAACAAGAUCAACAAGAUAGAGAAGGAGAGUUUCUGGCGGCUGAGUAACCUGCAGAACCUGUACCUCCACCAGAACAGCCUGUCCGAUCUCAACCCCCGCGCGCUCAACCUCAAAAAGCUCCGGGCGCUCCAACACGUGUCCCUGUACGGUAACAAGUGGGAGUGUGCCUGCCCGCUGCGGGACCUCAUUGCGUACGUCCAGCGGAACACGGAGGUUAUCUCCCCGGGAGACACAGGGGAGACAUUCUCACCUGACUCACGGGUGACGUGCGCCGGUCCUGAGAAGCACGAGGGCACUGACCUGACGGUCUUUGACCUUGCUGCUUUGGAGGCUGAGUGCAAGUAGUCCAUGCAAUCUGCAUUCAUGAUUUAUUCAUUACUCAAGAAUAAUUUGAAUUUUUGUUCUGAAAUCAUGAUUUACGAGUAUAGAUUAUUCAAAGUAUGAUGAUAACGAUUGGGGUAAGGAGAGCAGAUGCCGUAAUGAUUUGAUUGGCUAAACAAUAAGACCUAAUAGCUGCACUAUGUUUGUGGCCUCUAGUGAUCUUAAGUUUACUUUACGUUCAAGGAAGUUUUAUAUAAUUAAUAAUAAUAGUUCAACUUCAGGCAUGCAAAACAUAGUAUGAAUAUAGAGUAUAGAUAUAGUGUGUAGGUUUGUAGAGGUUUGUAGGUUUGUAGAUUAACAACGAGCAUGUAUUAAUAUCAAUGGAAGCUGAAAUACCGUAUACACUAUAACCUCUGAGAAAAACGCCAUACGCAGAUUUGCCGAUGUCAAGUGUCGUUAGAAUACUAGAAAUGAGCUUACUGAAUGUCAAUGAAAUAUUAUUUGGAUAAUCACUUUCUAGACACAGACCGUUCAUCAGCGCGACAAAACGGCCACAGCACCAUAUGUGAUUAACGCUGCGGUGAAUAUGGAUUGCAGAGUGCGCAAUACUUUUUCAGACAUAAUUGCGUUAUUACCUUUCCCCUCCCUCCAGGUGGUUUGUCCCACUUCUAUGUAGUGAGUCAGCCCGGGGCCAAGAGGAAAAUGUAUUUAGUUCCAUGCAUAGCAGAGCCAUAAAAUCCACCGAAUAGGUUUCAAAUAUGGAAUCCGUCAGUGUUCUUUUUUUAUAUCUCAACCUUCGGCGCUCAAUAUCGUAAAAAUAUGCUAGGGGGCGUCAUUCUUAAAACCUUAAGCUGACGAAUGUGCAUUUUUCUAUGGCAAGGCCAAUGAGCUUAGAACUGCAAAGUGCAAGAAAUGGCAUUUCAGAGGGUCAAACCCCAAAUUUUCAGGAGAAGCAUAUCCCUGCACCCUCUGGGCCGGAGGCGCCUCAUAUGUUGAAAAUGUGGUCAGCAAAAUUCCUACCAUCCAUACGAAAUUUGCUGACGCCGCCUCCAAUAGGUAAAAUAGGUUUGUAUAAUCUUCUUCUGCCUUGCUAUUGCCAUUUUUUAAACAAAAUAAUACGAUCAACAAUAUUAUUUCGACCCUCCAUUUUGAAAAAUACCAUAGUGCUCACUUUGUUGUGUGAUUUUCUGCCAAUAUCUCCAAAUGUUGUGGACAUGCCCGAAGUAGUCCAGAUGGUCAUUUUAAUUGAUGAAUACGAAACAUAAUUGCACUGAAACAUUUUUUUCUCCAAGCACUCAAACCUGACCAAUUUAUGGCAGAAAUUGCGAAUCGAUCGGAAGAUGAUAACGUUGUUAUCAUUCGUGUUUAGUCAGCAAGGACCACUGAAGUGGGGUUAAUUCGUUAUAUGGCGUGAAAGAUUCUAAUAUCAUUUUAAGAACCAAUGCACAUAAACCUUCCCGCAAUAUGUAAUGCCCACAGGGCAUAGAUGUUUUGAGACUCCAGUAGAAGCCAUUUAAUUGCACAACGGAUAACUGCACACUUCUGUUAUUUGCACCGAAUCCCAAAAUCCAGUGGUGAUGCGGUCCUGCUGAAUAACGUUGCUUUGUUGCAGCAUCCGGAUAAACGACUUUUACUACUACUAUCGAAGAUGGAACAUUUUCAAUGUAUAAAUUUACUCUUUGGACUCAGUAGACUCAGUAAAACUGGACGUUACCAAAAAAAGGUACCAAAUGACAGAUUCCUGUGGUUUUGGCAAUGCAUUUUGAGUCUUGCAUUAUAGCCAGGCUGUUGGCUACGUUACAAACUUCAAAAUAGAAUGAGCUGUUCCUUUUUGUGUUCAUGCUGAUCUUAAGCUUAAAACAACAUUUCAAUAAAUCGCAGCGACAUAAGGUAUCAUAUAUUUGCGCUUGCGGCUCCCUACCUGCACUGAUUGAUGACUUCCCAUAUAACAUGUUAUCAUCUGUUACGACAUGCAAAACCCUUCCGGGUCGGAAAGUACUCCUGAAAUCAUCACGACUUUGCUUCGGACAUGCUUAGAAGUCAAUAAACAGGUAGAAAUA